AUGAACCUCCUUACACCUGUCUCCCCCUCCUUACACCUGUCUCCCCCUCCUUACACCUGUCUCACCCUCCUUACACCUGUCUCCCCCUCCUUACACCUGUCUCACCCUCUUUACACCUGUCUCCCCCUCCUUACACCUGUCUCCCCCUCCUUACACCUGUCUCCCCCUCCUUACACCUGUCUCACCCUCCUUACACCUGUCUCACCCUCCUUACACCUGUCUCCCCCUCCUUACACCUGUCUCCCCCUCCUUACACCUGUCUCACCCUCCUUACACCUGUCUCCCCCUCCUUACACCUGUCUCACCCUCCUUACACCUGUCUCCCCCUCCUUACACCUGUCUCACCCUCUUUACACCUGUCUCCCCCUCCUUACACCUGUCUCCCCCUCCUUACACCUGUCUCCCCCUCCUUACACCUGUCUCACCCUCCUUACACCUGUCUCCCCCUCCUUACACCUGUCUCCCCCUCCUUACACCUGUCUCACCCUCCUUACACCUGUCUCCCCCUCCUUACACCUGUCUCACCCUCCUUACACCUGUCUCACCCUCCUUACACCUGUCUCACCCUCUUUACACCUGUCUCCCCCUCCUUACACCUGUCUCCCCCUCCUUACACCUGUCUCACCCUCCUUACACCUGUCUCCCCCUCCUUACACCUGUCUCACCCUCCUUACACCUGUCUCACCCUCCUUACACCUGUCUCACCCUCCUUACACCUGUCUCCCCCUCCUUACACCUGUCUCCCCCUCCUUACACCUGUCUCCCCCUCCUUACACCUGUCUCCCCCUCCUUACACCUGUCUCCCCCUCCUUACACCUGUCUCCCCCUCCUUACACCUGUCUCCCCCUCCUUACACCUGUCUCACCCUCCUUACACCUGUCUCCCCCCCUCCUUACACCUGUCUCCCCCUCCUUACACCUGUCUCACCCUCCUUACACCUGUCUCACCCUCCUUACACCUGUCUCCCCCUCCUUACACCUGUCUCCCCCUCCUUACACCUGUCUCCCCCUCCUUACACCUGUCUCACCCUCCUUACACCUGUCUCCCCCUCCUUACACCUGUCUCACCCUCCUUACACCUGUCUCACCCUCCUUACACCUGUCUCCCCCUCCUUACACCUGUCUCCCCCUCCUUACACCUGUCUCCCCCUCCUUACACCUGUCUCCCCCUCCUUACACCUGUCUCACCCUCCUUACACCUGUCUCCCCCUCCUUACACCUGUCUCACCCUCUUUACACCUGUCUCCCCCUCCUUACACCUGUCUCCCCCUCCUUACACCUGUCUCACCCUCUUUACACCUGUCUCACCCUCCUUACACCUGUCUCACCCUCCUUACACCUGUCUCCCCCUCCUUACACCUGUCUCACCCUCCUUACACCUGUCUCCCCCUCCUUACACCUGUCUCCCCCUCCUUACACCUGUCUCCCCCUCCUUACACCUGUCUCCCCCUCCUUACACCUGUCUCCCCCUCCUUACACCUGUCUCACCCUCUUUACACCUGUCUCCCCCUCCUUACACCUGUCUCACCCUCCUUACACCUGUCUCACCCUCCUUACACCUGUCUCUCCCUCCUUACACCUGUCUCCCCCUCCUUACACCUGUCUCACCCUCCUUACACCUGUCUCCCCCUCCUUACACCCGUCUCACCUGUCUCCCCCUCCUUACACCUGUCUCCCCCUCCUUACACCUGUCUCACCCUCCUUACACCUGUCUCCCCCUCCUUACACCUGUCUCACCCUCCUUACACCUGUCUCCCCCUCCUUACACCUGUCUCACCCUCCUUACACCUGUCUCCCCCUCCUUACACCCGUCUCACCUGUCUCCCCCUCCUUACACCUGUCUCCCCCUCCUUACACCUGUCUCCCCCUCCUUACACCUGUCUCACCCUCCUUACACCUGUCUCCCCCUCCUUACACCUGUCUCACCCUCCUUACACCUGUCUCCCCCUCCUUACACCUGUCUCACCCUCCUUACACCUGUCUCCCCCUCCUUACACCUGUCUCACCCUCCUUACACCUGUCUCACCCUCCUUACACCUGUCUCACCCUCCUUACACCUGUCUCACCCUCCUUACACCUGUCUCACCCUCUUUACACCUGUCUCCCCCUCCUUACACCUGUCUCACCCUCCUUACACCUGUCUCACCCUCUUUACACCUGUCUCACCCUCCUUACACCUGUCUCCCCCUCCUUACACCUGUCUCACCCUCCUUACACCCGUCUCACCCUCCUUACACCUGUCUCACCCUCCUUACACCUGUCUCACCCUCUUUACACCUGUCUCCCCCUCCUUACACCUGUCUCACCCUCCUUACACCUGUCUCACCCUCCUUACACCUGUCUCACCCUCCUUACACCUGUCUCCCCCUCCUUACACCUGUCUCACCCUCCUUACACCUGUCUCCCCCUCCUUACACCUGUCUCCCCCUUCUUACACCUGUCUCACCCUUCUUACACCUGUCUCCCCCUCCUUACACCUGUCUCCCCCUCCUUACACCUGUCUCCCCCUCCUUACACCUGUCUCUCCCUCCUUACACCUGUCUCACCCUCCUUACACCUGUCUCCCCCUCCUUACACCUGUCUCACCCUCCUUACACCUGUCUCCCCCUCCUUACACCUGUCUCCCCCCUCCUUACACCUGUCUCACCCUCCUUACACCUGUCUCACCCUCCUUACACCUGUCUCACCCUCCUUACACCUGUCUCUCCCUCCUUACACCUGUCUCCCCCUCCUUACACCUGUCUCCCCCUCUUUACACCUGUCUCACCCUCCUUACACCUGUCUCACCCUCCUUACACCUGUCUCCCCCUCUUUACACCGGUCUCCCCCUCCUUACACCUGUCUCACCCUCCUUACACCUGUCUCCCCCUCCUUACACCUGUCUCCCCCUCUUUACACCUGUCUCCCCCUCCUUACACCUGUCUCACCCUCCUUACACCUGUCUCCCCCUCCUUACACCUGUCUCCCCCUCCUUACACCUGUCUCACCCUCCUUACACCUGUCUCACCCUCCUUGCACCAAUCUCACCCUCCUUACACCUGUCUCACCCUCCUUACACCUGUCUCCCCCUCCUUACACCUGUGUCCCCCUCCUUACACCUGUCUCCCCCUCCUUACACCUGUCUCACCCUCUUUACACCUGUCUCCCCCUCCGUACACCUGUCUCCCCCUCCUUACACCUGUCUCCCCCUCCUUACACCUGUCUCCCCCUCCUUACACCUGUCUCCCCCUCCUUACACCUGUCUCCCCCUCCUUACACCUGUGUCCCCCUCCUUACACCUGUCUCCCCCUCCUUACACCUGUCUCACCCUCCUUACACCUGUCUCACCCUCCUUACACCUGUCUCCCCCUCCUUACACCUGUCUCCCCCUCCUUACACCUGUCUCCCCCUCCUUACACCUGUGUCCCCCUCCUUACACCUGUCUCCCCCUCCUUACACCUGUCUCACCCUCCUUACACCUGUCUCACCCUCCUUACACCUGUCUCCCCCUCCUUACACCUGUCUCCCCCUCCUUACACCUGUCUCACCCUCCUUACACCUGUCUCCCCCUCCUUACACCUGUCUCCCCCUCCUUACACCUGUCUCACCCUCUUUACACCUGUCUCCCCCUCCGUACACCUGUCUCCCCCUCCUUACACCUGUCUCCCCCUCCUUACACCUGUCUCCCCCUCCUUACACCUGUCUCACCCUCCUUACACCUGUCUCCCCCUCCUUACACCUGUCUCCCCCUCCUUACACCUGUCUCCCCCUCCUUACACCUGUCUCCCCCCCUCCUACACCUGUCUCACCCUCUCCUUACACCUGUCUCACCCUCCUUACACCUGUCUCCCCCUCCUUACACCUGUCUCACCCUCUUUACACCUGUCUCCCCCUCCUUACACCUGCCUCACCCUCCUUACACCUGUCUCACCCUCCACCCUCCUUACACCUGUCUCACCCCUCCUUACACCUGUCUCACCCUCCUUACACCUGUCUCCCCCUCCUUACACCUGUCUCACUGCCUCCGCUUACACCUGUCUCCCCCUCCUUACACCUGUCUCCCCCUCCUUACACCUGUCUCCCCCUCCUACACCCGUCCUUACACCUGUCUCCCCCUCCCUUACACCUGUCUCCCCUCCUUACACCUGUCUCCCCCUCCUUACACGUGCUCCCUCCAUUACACCUGUCUCCCCCUCCUUACACCUGUCUCACCUCCUUACACCUGUCUCCCCCUCCUUACACCUGUCUCCCCUCCUUACACCUGUCUCCCCCUCCUUACACCUGUCUCACCCUCCUUACCAUACACUGUCUCACCCCUCCUUACACCUGUCUCCCCCUCUUACACCUGUCUCACCCUCCUUACACCUGUCUCCCCUCCUUACACCUGUCUCACCCUCCUCCUACACCUGUCUCCCUCCUUACACCUGUCUCACCCUCCUUCCACCUGUCUCCCUCCUUACACCUGUCUCACCCUCCUUACACCUGUCUCACCCCACUCCUUACCACCUGUCUCACCCUCCUUUACACUCUGUCUCCCCCUCCUUACACCGUUCACCUGUCUCCCCCUCCUUACACCUGUCUCACCCUCCUUACACCUGUCUCCCCCUCCUUACACCUGUCUCACCUCCUUACACCUGUCUCCCCCUCCUUACACCUGUCUCACCCUCCUUACACCUGUCUCCCCCUCCUUACACCUGUCUCACCCUCCUUACACCUGUCUCCCCCUCCUUACACCUGUCUCACCCUCCUUACACCUGUCUCUCCCUCCUUACACCUGUCUCACCCUCCUUACACCUGUCUCCCAUCCUUACACCUGUCUCCCCCUCCUUACACCUGUCUCCCCACUCCUUACACCUGUCUCCACCCUCUCUUACACCUGUCUCCCCUCCUUACACCUGUCUCCCCUCCUUACACCUGUCUCCCACCUUACACCCGUCCUUACACCUGUCUCACCUCUUACACCUUUUCACACCUGUCUCCCCUCCUUACACUGUCUCCCCUCUUACACAUGUCUCACCCUCAUUACACCUUACCCUUUACCUGUCUCCCCCUCCUGUACCUCCUUACACUGUCUCCCCCUCUUUACACCUGUCUCCCCCUCCUUACACCUGUCUCCCCUCCUUACCACCUGUCUCCCCCUCCUUACACCUGUCUCCCCUCGUCACCUGUUCCCCCUCCUUACACCUGUCUCACCUCCAUACACCUGUCUACCUCUUUACACCUGUCUCCCCCUCCUUACACCUGUCUCCCCCUCUUACACCUGUCUCCCCCUCCUUACCCUCCUUACUCUGUCUCCCCCUCCUUACACCUGUCUCCCCCUCCUUACACCUGUCUCACCCUCCUUACACCUGUCUCACCCUCCUUACACCUUGUCUCCCCCUCCUUUACACCUGUCUCCCCUCCUUACACCUGUCUCCCCUACUUUAAACCUGUCUCACCCUCCUUACACCUGUCUCACCCUCCUUACACGUGUCUCCCCCUCCUUACACCUGUCUCUCCCUCCUUACACCUGUCUCCCCCUCCUUACACCUGUCUCACCCUCCUUACACCUGCUCAUCCCUCCUUACACCUGUCGGCUCACCUCCUUACACCUGUCUCACCCUCCUUACACUGUCUCACCCUCCUUACACCUGUCUCACCCCUCCUUACACCUGUCUAA